AUGCCUGCUAAUGGGAACCGUCCCUUGAAGUUGCAGUUUGGUUUGAUCAACCAUGAGGGUCGUUACCUCACUGCCGAGACCUUUGGCUUCAAGGUGAAUGCAUCAGCACCCAGCCUGAAGAAGAAGCAGAUAUGGACUCUAGAGCAGGACUCUCAGGACACCCAGAUGGUCUACUUGCGCAGCCACUUGGGACGCUACCUGGCAUCUGACAAGGAUGGCAAAGUCACCUGUGAGGCUGAUGGGCACAAUUCCGACUGCCGCUUCCUCAUCGUGGCGCAGUCAGACGGUCGCUGGGCCCUGCAGUCUGAGCAGCACCUCCGCUUCUUCGGUGGCUCUCGGGACUACCUGUCCUGCUUUGCCCAGGCAAUCACAGAUGCAGAGCUGUGGGCAGUUCACCUGGCUCUACAUCCGCAGGCCAACCUGCUGUCUGUGGCGCGCAAGCGUUACGCCCACCUCUCUAUGGAGGAUGGGGAAAUCGCUGUGGAUGUGAACAUUCCCUGGGGGGUGGCAGCGCUCCUGACCCUCGUCUACCUGGAUGGGAAGUACUGCCUUAAGACCUGCGACAGCCGCUUUCUCAGCAAUGAUGGGAAGCUUUUGACGGAGAGCGGCAGGGCCACGGCGUACACGCUGGAGCUGAAGUGUGGAAAGCUGGCCUUUAAAGACUGUGAGGGGAAGUAUUUGUCUCCCAUGGGGCCCACGGGCACCCUGAGAUCUGGACGGUGCUCUAAGCCGGGCAAAGAUGAACUGUUUGACCUAGAGGAAAGCCACCCACAGGUGGUUCUGAUGGCAGCCAAUGGGCGAUAUGUCUCCAUAAGACAAGGAGUGAGCCUUGCAGCCAAUCAGGAAGAUGAGACAGACAUGGAGACGUUUCAGAUGGAGAUUGACAAGGAAACCAGGAAGUGUACGUUCCGCACCAGCCAAGGGAACUACUGGGCUCUGGUGGCCCACGGAGGCAUCCAGAGCACAGCCACCGAAGUGUCAGCAAACACCAUGUUUUCAGUGGAGUGGCUUGGCCACAAGGUGGCACUAAAAGCUAACAAUGGAAAAUACAUCUGCACUAAGAAGAACGGCCAGCUCCUCGCUGUCAGUGACUCCAUAGGCGAGGACGAGCAGCUCACUUUGAAACUGAUCAACCGGCCCAUGCUGAUCCUGAGAGGAGAGAACGGAUUCAUCUGCCACCACAGGAACUCCAACACGCUGGACGCCAGCAGAUCCAUCUAUGACAUUUUCACCCUGCAGUUCAGUAAUGGGGCCUACCACAUUAAAGGGGUGGAUGGCCGCUUCUGGUACGUGAACAGCUCCGGGCUGGUGUGCUCAGACGGGGAGGCCCCUGAGGACUUCUCUCUGGAGCUGCUGGAGCAUGGUCGCCUCGCCAUCCGUGGCAAGAACGGCAAAUACCUGCGUGGAGACCAGGGAGGCACGCUGAAGGGAGACGGACUGGGCCUGAGCAGCUCGGCCCUGUGGGAGUACUGAUACAGUACAAUGUUAGGCCUGACUCCUCCAGGCGCUGAGUGAAAUUUUGAGGCGAAAGACGGUUACAGCCUGUGCUGACUUCAUCCCACUUUUUUCCCUCCUUCGUGUUCCAACGAGAGCUCGCAGGGAUAACGGACUCAUACAGAGGGAGGAAGUGCAAGAAGAGGAAGCGACACAUU